CAGUGCUAGCAUUGUUCGGGGUUUCUUGUUGCAAAGUGCUUCCCGCCAAAACCAGGAGAAGAAGCGCUACCGCCGCCAUCUUGGCCUCUGCUUAUGACGUAAGUGAGCGCGAAGCGUCGGCUUGCAGAGUGAUCGCUGCGCGAGCUGCUAAAAUGGCGGCGCUGGCUGAG